GCCCUAGAUAAACCCUUUUCAGGGAUCAGAAGAUGUCCAAAAUCAUUUUCGCGUAUGCCCUGGUCUUUGAACAUCUCCCUGAAGGCUAGAAAGAAGAGGAUUAACUUAUUAUAUUUCUGAUAUGCUUCCCCUUAAUCAUCCCGGAGGGUUUUUCUUGCGCAGUUUCAGUAGCCGUACCUGUAAAUUGAACAAUCUUCUAAUGACAAUGGCGUCUUCCAAGAACCUGGUUCAUACUUCCCUCAUAACUCCUUGCAGUGUCGCGCCAAAAUCUGUUUCAAAUUCCAUAGCUCCAUCAGCUCCUUGCCGCGUUCUCCACACUCAUAGCCACCGGCUAAUCGUCUCCACAUUUCCAUCUAAACGCAUCUCUCCCAUUUGCCAGGCCUCCCGUCUGUCCCACAUGGCCUAUACCUUCCCCACUUCCCCGCCAGUUUCACUGGAGGAUGACCACCAACUGAAGUCCUUGCGGUUGAACUUGUUGAGCAGUAAACUUAAGGAGAUCGGAAUAGACUGUGGUUCAUGUGUCCCCGGGCAGUACACUGGAUUGAUUUGUCCAAUGUGCAAUGGAGGGGACUCUAAGGAGAGAAGCUUAUCUCUAUUUAUUGAUCCAAAUGGCAAUUCAGCUUUAUGGAACUGCUUUAGAGGUAAAUGUGGUUGGAGAGGCAGCACACUGGCAUUUGCAGACAUGAAGCCUACUAAAGGAGAAAAGAAUAAGAUCAUGAAAAUAAAUAAGAAAAUCAGACGGUUAGACGAGCAAAGUUUGGGAUUAGAACCAUUAAAUAAUGAGCUGCUUGCGUACUUUUCCCAGAGAAUGAUUUCCGGGGAAACCCUGAGGAGAAAUGGUGUCAUGCAGUGCAAAGCUCGUAACCAGAUUGUUAUUGCAUUUCCGUAUAGAAGGAAUGGUGAUCUUGUAAGCUGCAAAUACCGGGAUGUAAACAAAAUCUUUUGGCAGGAAAGUGAUACUGAAAAAAUAUUUUAUGGAUUGGAUGAUAUAAUGGGAGCAAGUGACAUAAUUAUUGUUGAGGGUGAGAUGGACAAGCUUGCGAUGGAAGAAGCUGGCUUCCGUAAUUGUGUCAGUGUCCCUGAUGGGGCUCCCCCUUCAGUUUCAACAAAAGACUUGCCACCCGUGGAUCAGGACGCAAAAUAUCAAUAUCUUUGGAACUGCAAGGAGGCAUUUGAAAAGGCAUCUAGGAUUAUACUUGCAACUGAUGGGGAUAAACCUGGCCAGGCCCUUGCUGAAGAACUUGCACGCCGCUUAGGAAGAGAAAGGUGCUGGCGAGUUAAAUGGCCAAAAAAAAUUAAUGGGGAUUGCAAAGACGCAAAUGAGGCAAGCAUCUUCUUUUGAAAUUUAUUUUACUUUUUCUUUUCAUGUUAGUUUAAAUGAUAGUUCCACACAUUCACUUACCAGUGGAUACAGUUUUCCUAAGGAAAUCAUUUUCCCUUCAAUAAUCCUUUGUCUUGAAAAUAAAAGGCGUAUCAUUUU